AUGCAGCUGUACGGCUCGCUGUCCCUCGACAUGACCCAGCCAGAGGUGGCUCAACCCUGGAAGCAGGACUGGGCAUCAUACUACGUCAAUGCGAAAUCAGACGUUGAUUUUGUGGUUGAAAUGAGGCCAGGGGUGUCCGCGGCGGACAUCGCGCAGCGGCUAACGCAGAAGGGAAACUGGCGCCUGAUAAGCAAAGUUGAGGUCCACAAGUUCGCUUCCACUCAGCUCACACUGCUGGGGAGCUUCCCUGAGGACAAGAGCAAGCCAGCGGGCGAGGAUCGCAGCGACAUCUCGGGCUCCAACUCCGAGGUGUACCUAGAUGUCACGUGCAUCGAGAACGAGGUUCAUUUCGACCGGUUUAAAGCGAGGCAGGAGGCCUUCAGGACCGCGUUCUCGGAGGUGCGGCGGCUAUUCGAGGCCAAGUUCGGCAUUGACGGUGCGCUCGCGUUCGACGUUUACGUCCAUCUUCUGAAGGCGUUCGCUGCGAAGGUGCCUGGGAACAACCUGACCGGCUUCCAGGCGACAUGCAUCGGCUUGUUUGUAUUGCAGAUCGGAUUUUUUAGAUUGAAGGUGAGCCAGUCGAUCGCGCUCUCCAUGUUCGAGGGAUUCCUGCGGUUCUGCAAGACGUUCUACGGGGACCCUUUGAACUCGGCGGGAUGGCCUAUGCCUGGGCCCUCGUACCGCCAGUGCGCCAUCGACCUCUCGCAGGGGGGAAGGUUCAUGCCCCGCCUGAGCGAGAACUGGAGGAGCGAGCUCUACUUCUUGAGUACAGAGGGCGAGAUGGACGUGCGUGGAGACGAGCGCGUGAACGUAACGCACUCUUUGGAUCCGCGGGUGGUGGCGGAGGAAGCCCAGAGCCUGCUGAACAGGGCCUUUGCGGGGCACCAGUUCGACGUCUGGCUCUAG